GAAGAUCGUCACGUGAACCGAGUCCCGAGAUUGCGGGGAGCAAGAGCAGCUGCUACUCCAAAGUUUACUCGCGGGCACCUUCUUACGGCAGGACUGUUUCCGGAGGCCUGCUCGCCUCAGAGUCCGCGUCAACUCCGGCUACCUCAUCCAGGUACAGCGCGGCGGGCACUCGGUUCGGUUUGACGCCUCGAAGCAGUUCGGAUCACGUUCCAACGGCCAUCAGCUACUCCGGUUCGGACAGAUUCCGAGCUUCAAGUAGUAAGCGGUCGAUGACCCCUCUCAAGGAUGACGUAGCUUCGUGUGUAUCGAUGUCGCGUGCAGAUGGGCCUCUGCGGAACGAUGCUUCUUCGCAAAAGACCGAAGUCAACCCGAAGACGUGCGAGAAAUCCGACGCUGCAAACAGUCAGUCUUAUAACGAUCAACAGGAUGACGAGGAUGAGGUAGAGGAGGAGGAGGAGAACGAGGAGGUAGAGGAAGAGGAAGAGGAGGAAGUAGAGACAGAGGCAGAGGAGGUUGAAACUGUAACGGUUGUAACACGAGGAACGUCGCCUUCGUCAUCAACCGCGUCGUCGUACGUUCGAUCUCGAAGAGCUGACACCGCGAAAAUGAUAGAAAAAGAGAUAACCAGGCCGAAGCGCCGGCCGGAGAUGAAGGACGAAGAGAUGCAGUCCGACCGGAUGGACGAUACGGCAAGAUUUUCACGAUACGGAGGGGGCCGAGUUACGGUGACCCCGUGGACCUCGUAUCUGGGGAAGUAUUCACCAAGUUCAUCAAAAUCAUCCGGCUACACCUCACGAAGUUACGGUACCGGGGGUGGGUCGUCUUCUCUACCCUCGAGGAUCGGUGGAUUCGGAUUUCCGAGGUCAGCCGAUAGUCGGAUCGCGUCUCCAGGAGUCGGUCAAGAGACUCAAAAAGUGCCGAACGAUUCUAGUGCCAAAGUACAAAGUAGCGAACAGCGCCCUAGCAGUAUUACUAAGCCCUCAUCCUCGAACGGCCCUAGUCAUUUUAAUUCUACUACAAACGUUGUAAGAACCGUCGUGCCCGUUCCCAGUCGCGAAGAAUCCCCUACAAAGACAGACGGGUUUGGCUCUGGUUCGCUGAGUGAUCAAAAAUCCGACUCACUCUAUGAAGACGAGAGCUGUUCGGGAUCAAAGAGUUCCAUACCAAAAAUCGAAGCAACAAACCAAAGAACAAGUUCGCCGCCAAAGAUUGAGACUCUUUCUGGGUCAAAAACAGAAUGUAAAUUGACCAAGUCAUCCUCGAGUUGUGAUUUUUCACCAUUAAAGGGUGAAAAUGCUAAUAACCGACACAGAUCGACCCCAAAACUGGAUAGCGUCCGUUCUGCCUAUGACGAGUCACUCCACAGGCGUGAAGGUACGCCAGGGAGGAAAGAAAAUUCCCAGUCUCGCAGGGACUCGCUGUCAAAAUCGGAUAGCGGUUCUUCGCACAGCGGUAGACAGUUGUCCGGAAACAAUUCGGGGAAAAAUGUUUCUCGACAAAUAUCCCGGACCGAUUCCUCCGACAGUGCUGCCAACGCGUCAAAUGGAAGAUCCAAAUCUUCUUCGGCCAGUUCAAUGACGAGCCUGAGUGCAAAAAUAAGAACGACGCCUUCGCCGCUAUCCGGGAAAUCUAGCUUGGGAAGUACACGUCAGAGUACUCCAGUGGACGGAGGAGCUCGGGGAAAACCACCGGUGCCAAAAAGCGACAGUGGGGGAACCGCGAAGACGUCUGCGAAGUAUAUCAACAAAGAUUUUCGUAAGUCAGCGUUGAACAUGGAGAGUGGGGAAAUGUCGCGAUCGAAACUGGAACGGAAACGUUUGAAGAAACGUCGAAGCGCGUCGAUAAGUUCUCAGGAUUCGCAGUCCGAGCCGAAUUCAGAGUCGAUACAUCAGGUCGCCUCAUCGGGAUCCUCAACAUCGAUCAAAUCGAAUCAGUCUGGGUCUAAACUGAAGCUACCAUCGACCAUGUCGAAGGGCUCGAUUCCGAGAGUUGGCAAUCCACCGCAACGUGGCAGCCCCGCAGCUUCCGCUCAGGAAGGAAGGAGUAACAGAAGCUUUUCGAAGUCACCACCGAACAGAAGGAAGAAUCAGUCAGGAAGCGCAACCUCCAGUUCGGAAAGUAUAACCUCCUCCAGCUCGUCGAGCAGCGAAGAGGAAGAUGCGGAGCAGCGCUCCAGUUCCCGGCGAAGACGGAGAAGAGCCGCAAGUUCUCCCGUCGACAAGAGAUGUCGAAGCAGCGUAGGUUCGUCGCGAACUAGCGUCCUGGCGUCUUCGGCCGAUGAGCUAUCCUUGACCACAGACAGACCGCCACGUCCACCAGCGAGCCCAAAGUCUCGUAGCGAGGUUUCGGGGAAGACGGAAGAGGCGAAGUCGUUCCUUAUGAGGGCACUAGCCCCUGUAACUAAUUUGUUCAAAAUGAAGCACCCCGAUUCCGGGGAGCUGAAGGCAGGCUGGCCGGCUAAUUCCACCUCGGAUGUUAGCGAAGCAUCGAAAAAGACCGGAGGUCACGGUAUGUCCCUUUCCAAGUCCAUCACCCAGUCAUUGUCAAAGAGUCUAAGCUUCACGAACUCGGAGAAGAUCGAGAAGAAGCGGAAGGCCCACAAACUGACGCAUCAGGUUUCCGGGGAAAAGGCGUGGUGGAUGGAUCCUAGUUCGGACAACGUGCCAGAGGGUGUUGAAAAAAUGAGCGUUCACAGCGAUGAUAUUAGCCAAGACACAACUGCCAGCAACGUUCUUUCAGACGACGGUAACUUUAAGCUGAAGAUCUGGCGGCAAGAUUCGAGUGACAAAACGUGCUGGCUGGACGCGAACGAAAAUAUCCCGGAUGAUCUCAGAAAAGAGUCGUCGCCAAACUCUCGAGGUAGCACCAAGUCCGAGCGGCGUAAUCGAAUAAAGCACCAACAGUCGGGGGAGCGUGCGUGGUGGAUGAACGAGGACCCGGAAAGUGUUCCCGAGGGUGUCGAGGUGAUACUCCCGGCCCGUCGAACGCCGCCACCACAGAACAACGAGAAUUCGAAUAAUUUCAACCAGAAAGAGAUCAGCAAAAUAAGACACAUCGACUCUGGGGAAAGGGCGUGGUGGAUGGACAGCUCGGUGAACGUGCCAGAGGGAGUUGAAACAAUACGCGUGGAUACUUCGAUCAGCACUUCUGACUCCUCGGAAUCCCUCGAAAACGUCGAGAUUGGCCCCGUGCCACCACCGGAAGUGCAACUUAAGAGAAGUUUGUCUAGGUUUCCAAUUGAAUUCCCACCGCCUCCACCCGACGAACCACUCGGAGAUCGCGCCAGCCCCGAAGGGGUUGAAAAUCCUCCAGAUCCACCGGACAGUUACGGUGGGCGGAAUUCUCCGUACGACAACGUGAAGCCUGGGCUUGAAUCAGCCAUGAGGAGAUCACAGCCCAGGAAGCGGCCAUCAACUCUGCCGCUGUUCAUCGGCAACCAUACCAACAUCGACGACCUGCUCGGUGUCACCGCGAUUCCACAACACAGUCCGUUGACCUCCCGGAUCCACAUGAAGGAGUGCAGCCAAGAAUCGUCCGAGGAAAGCUCCGAGUGUGAGGAAAUAGACGCGGAUCAGGUCAUUAUUCACGAUAGCACUCCGCAGAUCCCGGUCAUACGCCGAAGAAAUAGGGAUUUGGACAGGCCUCAACCGGAUGGCUACAUCCCACUUGACGAUACGGCUCUUCAGUUAUACAAAGACGGUGACUACGGUGCCUACCUAGACCUGGAAGCUUCCAUCACCGAGCAACAAGAGGAAUUCGAAGGUUUUCAGACUAAUCGCAAGAAUUCUAUCGUUCUGAGGACUCAACUGUCCGUACGAGUGCACACGAUAAUCGAAAAAUUGCUCAACAGCGAAGGUAGAGAGCUAAGGCGGGCCUUGUUCUCUCUAAAGCAGAUCUUCCAGGAAGACAAAGAUCUUGUACACGAGUUUGUACAAAAUGACGGACUGGCCUGCCUCAUCAAGGUUGGAAACGAAGCUGACCAAAACUACCAGAAUUACAUACUUCGCGCCCUCGGUCAGGUGAUGCUGUACGUCGACGGAAUGAACGGAGUUAUGGAACACGGACAGACGGUGCAGUGGCUCUACACGCUUAUCGCGAGUCGCUUCCGUCUGGUGGUGAAAACCGCUCUGAAACUUCUCCUGGUAUUCGUCGAAUACGUCGAGACGAACAGUCUGCUCCUGGUGAGGGCGGUGAGGUCCGUCGAUACGUCUAGGGGCAUGAUACCGUGGACGAACAUCAUGAAGCUCCUCAAGGAUCACGACGCUGCCGACACCGAGCUCUUGAUAUACGCGACAUCCCUCGUCAAUAAGUGUCUUAACGGAAUACCCGACCAGGAUACCUACUACGAUCAGGUCGAUUGUUUCGAGGAGCAGGGGAUCGAGGGUAUCAUUCAGAGGUACAUGUCCAAACAGGGCACCGACCUAGAUCUCCUCAGACAGUUUCAGAUAUACGAGGCUGUACUGCAUCACGAGGACGGCGAUGACAGGGGCACGCCCAUACGUCAGCUCGACGACAAUAUCAGGAAAACUCUUCGAAAUCGGAAGUCGCUAGUGGAUUCGCACGAACGACGAAAGUCUCGGAGGCACUCGACCGGCACUUCCCCUCUUUCGAUGUCCUUGAAUGCUCGCCUAAGUCCGCGGCUUAAUCACACUUUAGGUCUCAGCUCCCUGAACAGCACCCUGAAUUCAGCUUUGCCAGAUGACGGCGACGAGUCGAGUAGCUCCCAGAGCUCUCAAGGCCUAGGAGAUGUUCAGCUGAACGGCAGCUACAAGGAGAACAAGGUCGACGUUGGUGUUACUCCGGCACUGCGACGGCGUCGAGAGCGUGCAGAGAGGCAACGCAGCUUCAUCAGAGAGCAGCAGGAGGCGACUGCAAACAUGAGGGCGUCCAUUGGCCACUCGGAUGACCAGGAGAGUUCUCUUCCAACUAACGGUCAUCGCUACGCGAACGGAUCACCAUACGACGGAAACGCAGAUUCACCCUCCAAUAAACUAUCUCGCGGCAGUAGUAGAAAAGAUUUGACCCCCCUGAUGAACGCAGCUAAUAAGCUUGAUUCCGAGGAAAAGAAACCGUGGUACGGCAAGAGCCCGGACGAAGGCGUCGAAUGCGACGAGGGAAAUCACACCGACGACGACGAGGAGCGGGAUCGGCGAGUAGUUCUGCAGGUCAAAAGAGAAGGAACGGUCAAAGACCUUACCCAGAAGUUGGCUGCUCAAAACCUCAUUCCAACCAGCCCGGUCGAGGACAAAGUCUCGAGGAUAGGCGACAUGAGCGGCUUAAUAUCGAAGGCCAAGGAGGGCUUGGCGAAAUCAAAGUCCAAAGCGGACGUCCUGAAGUCACCCACUGGAGAUAAUAUUCCAAAGAUCACCGAGGUCAAGAAGUCAGAGAACGAGUUGCAUUGGGAAGAACUGGCAAGCAAGCUGUCUCGACCUUUAGCCUUGUGCGAUCUCGAUUUUACCGAUCUCAACUCUGAGGACGAGGUUGACGUUCUGAGCCCCGUUAGCGUGGUGAACGGCGUUCCGCCUCCGCCGCCUCCCAUGGCUCCUUCUUCUGUGCCAGGACGAGCUCCGCCUCCGCCACCCCCCGGGGUCCGGCUGCCGCCGCCACCCCUCCCCAACACUUCGCUCCCUCUAUUUGGGGUGAAUUUGAAGUCCCAGAGGUCAUCUCCGAACGGGGACUCGGCUGGCUCGCCGAGAAGUCCGAUCCUUGCUAACAAGAAAAGCAAGAAGACGGUUAAACUGUUUUGGAAGGAAGUUAGGGACGAUCCAAUCAUACUUUCGAGAUUGGACAAAAAUAAAAUGAUAUGGGAUGAGCUUUCUCCCGUACUCGUCGACACUCAGAAGCUGGAGCAUCUCUUCGAAAGCCGUGCAAAGGACUUGAUCACGAAGGAGAAACAGCAAGAAAUGAACAAAAACAAGGAAAUCAUCGUUCUGGACCACAAAAGAUCGAACGCAAUAAAUAUCGGAAUGACGAAACUGCCACCGCCAAGAUCCAUCAAGACCGCAAUUUUGAAAAUGGACGCUACAAUCAUGAAUAGGGAAGGAAUUGAGAAACUGUUGACAAUGUUGCCAACCGAGGAAGAAAGAUCGAGGAUACAAGAAGCCCAAGCUGCGAAUCCAGACCUUCCUCUGGGCUCUGCCGAACAAUUCCUCUUGACACUGGCGUCCAUCUCAGAACUUCCCGCGCGAUUGAAAUUGUGGGCUUUCAAACUCGAUUUCGAAAACUCCGAAAAGGAAAUAGCGGAUCCCUUGAUGGACCUGAAGCAAGGAAUGGAGACUUUAAAAGUGAACAAGACAUUUCGCGGAAUUCUGAGCACGCUUCUCUCGAUCGGGAUAUUCCUAAAUGGAAACGAGGUGAAAGGAUUUCAACUCGAGUACCUGGCCAAAGUACCUGAAGUCAAAGACACUGUACACAAACACUCUUUGCUACAUCAUCUCUGUCACAUGGUAAUGGAAAAGUUUCCUGACUCGACCGACUUGUACUCCGAGAUCGGUGCCGUGACUAGAGCAUCAAAGAUAGACUUUGACGAAAUCUCCAGCAACAUAGGAAAGUUGGAAAACGAGUGCAAAGCAUCCUGGGAUCAUCUGAAAUUGAUUGCCAAACACGAUGGUUCGACCAUGAUGAAAGUGAAGAUGUCUGACUUUCUGUCUGAUUGUGCCGAGCGUAUAAUCGUCCUCGGUAUCGUACACAGACGAAUAAUAAAUCGAUUUCACAAGUUCAUACUUUGGCUGGGUAUACCCCUCCAUCGUCUUCAAGACACGAAGCCAAACGAGUUUUGUAGAAUAAUAUCCGAAUUCGCUCUCGAAUUCCGAACUACAAGGGAGAGGGUAAUACAGCAGCUGGAGAAGAAAGCCAAUCACCGCGAGAGAAAUAAAACGAGAGGAAAGAUGAUAACAGAGGUUGGCAAGUUUCGAACAAAAGAAGACAGGGAAGACGCGGAGCUGAGACAAGUCCUGGGAUGCGAUAUCUCAAAUGUCGAAACAAUUCACGGAACUCUGCCGUGGAGGAGACAACGAAAGGAAGGUCGCACAGUCCUGGGUCCCCUCUUGAGGGACGAAUCCACGAAUGGCAAUCUGACCGACGGAGAUGACGAACUUCUCGAGUCCCUCGUCAAGACUGCAACGAAGACUCCGGCCACGAGGACGACACCGCGUGAACGAAAGCGGACACGCCACGCCGAUCGUAAGUCCCUGAAGCGAUCUCGAACCCGGGAGAACAACACAACGCCGGAAGGUUAUCAGCCGUGAAGAACUAUUCACGUCGUCUGCCACAAGUGCGUAGAACAUUGAAGAAUGGUCUCUCGGAAGAAGAGAAGAAGCACAUCGCCGCAUACAUCAAGGGCUAUUGACUGUGAUACAUGGAAAUCGCGCGAGCGGAAGAAAUCUCGGAGUUUUUGACGGAAGCUGGACGAAGACUGCGCCGUCCAUACUGGCGAGGGCUGAAGCAACUCCUGCGUUUUUAAGCGACGCGCGUUUCAGAGAGUUAUGUUAGUCUUAUCUCGUAAACUCCUUCUACUUUUUUUUAGGAUUACACCGGAUCCUAAGCCUUCCUAUUAUGAAUAUCUUGCCAAACUUGCGACAGUCAAAUAUUGGCUGAAGCAUUAUUAAGUAAACUUAUUACGUAUAAAGACGAAACUCGAUGAUUUCGGUCCAAAGUAUAUAUGCAUUAUACAUUACGAGUAAAGUCGUAAUAUGAGAGAAAUUCUGGGUACUUUACUCGCCUUAAGAAAUUAGUACAUUGUGUAUCUAAGGCGGAAAAAAAGCGAUUACGAGUAUACGAUUUACUGCCUGAACGAAACGAGGUUGGUGAUCACACGAGUGGAAUCGCCUUCCGCCCAUCAUGCGCAUGAUUUGUUUUUUUUUUUUUUUUUUUUUUUUUGUCGUAGUCCUUUUGAAAAUUCGCCUUGUCGCGCAUGUGAAACGGUUGCAAGAAAUAACUGUUCUCGUGUGCACUUUACAAGCGAGCCGACAUGAAACUUUGCACCCGUUACGAGUGUGCAUGAAAACGGCAAUUUUGCGCCGGUUUCACCUACGCGAAAAGGCGGUUUCUCAAGGGGGGUUGGACAAAAAAGUAAUCCGUGUAGGUAGGUAUCUAUCCAUCUAUCUAUCUAUCUAUCUAUCUAUCUAUCUAUCUAUCUAUCUUUCUACCUACCUACCUAUCUACCUACCUACUCACCUGCCCGCCUACCUGUCCAUCCAUCUAUUGGUCUACCCGUCUAUCCUUCUAUUCCUCUAUUCAUCUAUCUACCUACCUACCUACGUAUCUAUAAUCUAUUUAUCCAACUAUGUAUCGACGUAUCUAUCAAUAGAUCGUACUCGAUUCCUUUGUAUACUUGCCUCUAUUCGUAUGCAAUUUGGGCAGGUAAUAAAUCCUCACAUUUAAAAUACUUGCAGUACACUGCAAGUUGCGGCUGCUAGUCACGCCGAAACCCUGUCAGCGUUCCUUCAUUUUCAAUGUUCACGAUCAAACUCGAGUAAAAAAAUUACUAUUGCAUCGACUACUUUGGGGAUUGACGGAUAUUUGUCGUUGAUAUUACUACAAUUUUUGUAACUGCAAUUUUUCUUCCUGGUAAACUGGACUGUCGAUCUAGUAACUCGUGUUAUCGAAGUAAUUUCAACAGGACACUACGUUACCUUUCAUUUUCCCAGAGUUGUCGUAAAUCCGACAGUAAUAUUUUUCCGUAUAGGUAUAUCCGUCACACUUUAUUCGUUAUCAUUAUCAUGCGCUGGUUCAUUGUGAACUGAAGCAGACGAUGAAUUCCUCUCAUUCGAUAUUACGAGUCAACGAAUGAUAUGCCAUUCUUGAAGUCCGUGGGUUAUCCCCGUGUUUCCAUCUUUCAAGAAUCAGAACCGAGGUAUUGCAGACUAGGUUUUCCCCGCCCGAGAAUGCAACUACACGGAUUCCUAACGGUUCAAGUUAGGAAACAGUUCAGUCAUGUACGUACCCUUAUAUUUUCAGUGUAGAAUAUAUUUCAGCUAAUUUGAAGUAGAGACGAGCAACGUUGCAUAACUGUCUGGUUAGAUGGUUGUGCAUAUAAUUGUACUGUGCUCUGGUAUAACACGAAACGUGCCGGUCACUAUUUCAAUUUUUUUCUGAAUGGCCAACUUGGACGUGUUCGAACAUGCUUUCGUACUAUUAUUCAGCGAUCCUGCAAACACAACGAUUUCAAUUAAUUUCUUUACAUGCUGUUAUAGAUCCACUUAGAAUUCUCCACCACGCUGCAAACUACCUCUGGCAUUAUAUCACGAAUUAUGUAAAAUACAAAAAUCGGUCAAUAAUUAUGUUACAAAGGCGGGGGUUUUGGUUUAGAGUUGUAAAGAAAAAGUGGUGAUAAGAUUAGCUUUUGAUUCGCGAAUUGUGCCUCCGUUAUUUUUAAUCUGGAUCUAACCGUGCCAGAUAUAUAUUAUAUAUAAUGCCGAAAUCUUUCCAUAAUCUGAACAUCGUAUGAAAUCACAACGAAUGGAGGUUUCUAUUAAAAUAUAAUAACUGCUAGAAGUUCGCUAAAUUGGGAUUGGAGAGCAACGUAGGUAGUCAAAUUUUUUUUCUAUACCAUAUUUACAAUACCAUACACUAUUAUACAUCUAAUAAAAUGAAUAUAAUUUAAUGUUCAAGUGUCAUUUUAUCAAGCGCGGAAACCCUAUUGCAUGCAUCAAUUUCUUCAACGAUACAAAAUUGAGAAUGUAGAUCUGCCAAAGCAUCCUUCUCCCCGCUCGUGUUUCCUAAUUAAAUUCGGAGGAAAGAAUAAAAGUCUAAACGUCCAUAUAACAAAGUGUGUUUGCGACACAGUUUAUUCAUAUUAACCUUCCUCCAUCUUUAACAACGUACAAUAUUCAAUAAUGAAAACAUUGUUUGAUAAUAAUAAUAGUAAUAAUAAUAAUAAUAAUAAUGAUAUUAAUAGUAAUGACGAUAAAAAUUAAUAGUCAUAACAUUAAUAAGAAAUGAUAGUAACAAUGAUAAACAUUUGUGCGAUAUAUUUUGGAAAGCUUGAGAAUUGGGGACAGCAAGACUUCAGAUAAAUGUUUUUUUUUUUCUUCGCAACAUCAAUAAGGUGGAGGUAAGUACAUAAUGUCACACACGAUCGUAGAAAUAAGAUCUAUUAUUAUGUAAAAAAACUCCCUUCCGAAUUAUCAUAGUCCUCCUCUGUACACGGUAAAUACUUGCAUAUCUACCGAUCGCCGAAACCGCGUUUUCGAAACGCAAGUAGGAUAUGUUCUAGGCAUACUAAAUAUUAAACAUCGGCACGGGUAUCAAUUG